CACAGCCUCCUCUCCCCGCCCACUGCCCCGUGGGGUCUACCACACUCCACCCCAGCCAGAUUUCCAGUCAAAAGGCUCUCUCCCUCUGCUCCAGGCUGGCUUUCCUGAGGAUGAGGGAGCCUCGCCCCUGGGGGAGAUGUGUGGGGGCAAUUCUCACAUCUGUCUUCUUUCUCCUGGGCUGCUGGGGACUCUCCGAUUUCCAGCAGCAAUUUCUUCAGGCUUUGGACCCGGAGGAAGUGACUUCUUAUUUUGGCCCUGAAGCUACCCUAAAAGCACCCCCAUUUGACGUGGCCCCGCUCAGCUGCAUCUGUGAAGAUGGAACCGGGGUACCUCCCUGCCGGGCCCUGAGCUGCUCCCUGCACAUCUGGGGACAGCUCUUCACCAUCUCCUUCCCGCCUGAAUGGAGCCUCUUUACCACCUCCUUCACCAGUGAGCUCGUCCUGAACGCCUCCCUCCAGCUCCUGAGGCGGCUGCCCCAUCUCUGCUUCUUGGGGGGCCGCCCCCUGCUGCCCCUGGGGGCCGCGGCCAGGGUCACUUACUGCUCAGGCCACUUGGAGGGUGACAUCCUGGUGGGUGCAGACCUGUUCUACAUCCAGCCAGUGAAGAUGCAGCACCGGGAGCUGGUGCCACCCUGGGCUCUUGCCCAGCCCCACCUGAUCCACAGGCCUUUCCCCAAGGCCCCCACGGCCCCCGAGGCCCUUAACACCAUCCGAGAAGCUUCGCUGUCAGCCCCGCUUCCUCCCUCACCAGGCCGUCCUCGGUCCCCUCGCCUCCGGAGAUGGGUUGCUGAGAGUGUCUUACACCUGGAGCUGCUGGUGGCCGUGGGCCCCGACGUCUAUCAGGCUCACCAGGAGGACACUGAGCGUUAUGUGCUCACUAACCUCAACAUGGGGUCAGAGCUGCUGAGGGACCCAUCCCUGGGGGCUCAGUUCCAAGUGCAUCUGGUGAAAAUGGUCAUUCUGACCCAGCCCGAGGAUGCUCCGAACAUCACGGCCAACAUCACGGCAUCACUGCUGAGUGUCUGUGAGUGGAGCAGGACAGUCAACCCUGAGGACGACACAGAUCCUGGCCAUGCCGACCUGGUCCUCUACAUCACCAGAUUUGACCUGGAGUUGCCUGAUGGUAACCGGCAGGUUCGGGGAGUCACCCAGCUGGGGGGUGCUUGCUCAUCUUCCUGGAGCUGCGUCAUCACUGAGGAUACUGGCUUUGACCUGGGGGUCACCAUCGCUCAUGAGAUUGGUCACAGCCUGGGCCUGGAGCACGACGGCGCGGCUGGCAGCGGCUGCAAGCCCAGCGGCCAUGUGAUGGGCUCCCAGGACCGAGCGGCCGCCCGUGGGGACCUCUCGUGGUCUGCCUGCAGCCGCCAGCAACUGCUGCAUCUGCUCAGCGCAGGACGGUUGCGCUGCCUGGGGGACCUGCCAGAGCCACAGGCUGGGGCCUCCGGGCGCCUUCCCCAGGCACAGCCUGGCCUCCUGUACAGCACGGACGAGCAGUGCCGCGUCGCCUUCGGCGCUGGGGCAGUGGCCUGCACCUUCACCAGGGAGCAUCUCGACAUGUGCCAGGCUCUGUCCUGCCACACGGAUCCCCUGGACCAAAGCAGCUGUAGCCGCCUCCUCAUCCCUCUUCUGGAUGGGACAGAGUGCGGUGUGCAGAAGUGGUGCUCCAAGGGUCACUGCCGCUCCCUGGCAGAGCUGAGCCCAGUGGGGGUGGUGCAUGGGCAGUGGUCUAGCUGGGGUCCCCCCAGCCUUUGCUCCCGCUCCUGCGGAGGAGGUGUGGUCACCAGGAGGCGGCACUGCAACAACCCCAGGCCUGCCUUUGGAGGGCGUGUGUGCGUGGGUGCUGACCUCCAGGCGGAGAUGUGCAACACCCAGGCCUGUGAGAAGACCCAGCUGGAGUUCAUGUCUGAGCAGUGCUCGCAGACGGACAGGAAACCGCUCUACCUGACCCCGGGGAAUGCCUCCUUCUACCGCUGGGGCUCCGCUGAGCAGUACAGUCAAGGGGAUGCCCUGUGCAGACACAUGUGCCGGGCCAUUGGCGAGGCCUUCAUUGUGAGGCGUGGGGAAAGUUUCCUAGAUGGGACCCGGUGUGUGCCAAGUGGUCAGCGGGAGGACGGGACCCUGAGCUUGUGCAUGUUGGGCAGCUGCAAGACAUUCGGCUGUGAUGGCAGGAUGGACUCCCAACAGGUGCGAGACGUGUGCCAGGUGUGCGGAGGGGACAACAGCACUUGCAGCCCACAGAACGGCUCUUUCACAGCUGGAAGGGCCAGAGAAUAUGUCACGUUCUUGACAGUUACCCGCAACCUGACCAGUGUACACAUCACCAACCGGAGGCCUCUCUUCACACACUUGGCGGUGCGGAUCCGAGGGCACUACAUCGUGGCUGGGAAUUCUAGCAUCUCUCCCAGCACCACCUACCCCUCCCUCCUGGAGGACAGCCGUGUGGAGUACAGAGUGACCCUCACCAAGGACCGGCUGCCUCACCUGGAGGAGAUCUCCAUCCGGGGACCCACCCAGGAAGACAUGGAGAUCCAGGUUUACAGGCGCUACGGGGAGGAGUAUGGUGACCUUGCACGCCCAGACAUCACCUUCACCUACUUCGAGCCUAAGCAGCCACAGGCCUGGGCCUGGGUCGCCGUGUGGGGGUCCUGCUCGGUGAGCUGUGGGGCAGGGCGGCGCUGGGUGACCUACAGCUGUCUGGACCAGGCCAGGAACGUGUGGGUGGAGGCUGCCCGGUGCGAAGGGAGCCAGCAGCCAGCAGCGUGGUCAGAGUCCUGCACCCCCAGGCCCUGCCCCCCACAGCAGGAGGCAUCGGAUGCAUGCACAACAGCCUGUGGAGCAGACCUGGCAUCACAGAAUGUGACGUGUGUGCACAGGGUAGCUGGCCUGGAGACACUGGCCACGGCUGGACCCUGCUCCACAGAUGAGAAGCUGCCUGCCCUCAAGCCCUGUGUGGCCACGGCAUGUCCUCCGGGACAGGGUUAUCCAGACCUCCAGUCUCUGGAGGAGGAGAAGGAGGCCACAUCCCCAUCAGGAAGUGCUGGGCUGAGGGCUCGCACCACACACAUGUGGACCCCCCUGGCAGGGCCAUGCUCUGCCUCCUGUGGUCAAGGCCUGACAGAGCUGAACUUCAUGUGUAUGGACUCUGCCCUGGGAACCCCUGUCCGGGAAGAGCUAUGUGACCUGGAAAGCAAGCCUGGGAGCCGGCAGGAGGUCUGCCAGGCUGCCCCAUGCCCGGCUUGGUGGAGGUACAAGCUGGCCGCAUGCAGUGUGAGCUGUGGAGGAGGGUUUGCGCAGAGGAUGCUAUAUUGUGCACGGGCUCACGGGGAGGACGAGGACGAGGAGAUCCUGCCAGAUACCCAGUGCCAGGGGCUGCCUCGUCCAGAGCAGCAGGAAGCCUGCAGCCCAGAGCCCUGCCCACCCAGGUGGAAAAUCAUGUCCCUCGGCCCAUGCUCAGCCAGCUGUGGCUUUGGCACUGCCACACGUUCUGUGGCCUGUGUGCAGCUCAGCCAAGGCCAGGACAUUGAGGUGGAUGGGGCAGCCUGUGCGGCUCUGGUUCGGCCUCAGGCCAGCAUCCCCUGCAUCCUCGCCUAUUGCACCUACCGGUGGCAUGUCAGCACCUGGACACAGUGCUCUGUCUCCUGCGGAGAUGGCAUACAGCGCAGGCGUAAGGCCUGCCUUGGACCCCAGGCCCAGGCACCUGUGCUGGCUGACUUCUGCCAGCACUUGCACAAGCCAGCCACUGUGCGGGGCUGCUGGGCCGGGCCCUGUGGUGGGCAGGUGACUCCCAGGCCAGCACCCAACGAGGAAGCCACUGCUCCAGACCAGGCCACUGCUGGUGCCUCUCCGGAGUGGCCUCAGCCCCAGGCCCACCUUCUAUCCCCAGCACCCCCGCUUCAGAGGCUUCUGCCUGGGUCUCAGGAAAACCCAGCUGAGUCCAGUGCCUGUGGCCGGCAGCAUCUUGAGCCAAUGGGAACUAUUGACAUGCGAGGCCCAGGGCGGGCUGACUGUGCAGUGGCCAUUGGGCGGCCCCUGGGUGAGGUGGUGACCCUCCAAGUCCUCGAGAGUUCCCUCAGCUGCAGUGCUGGGGAUGUGUUGCUGCUUUGGGACAGGCUCACGUGGAAGAAGAUGUGCGGGAAGCUAUCUGGCAUGACUUUUAGCUCCAAGACCAACACGCUGGUGGUGAGGCAGCGCCGCGUGCGGCUGGAAGGUGGGGUUGUGCUGCGGUACAGGAGCCGGCCUGCACCGGGAGCCCCCCACCGAGAGUGUGACAUGCAGCUCUUCGGACCCUGGGGGGAAAUCGUGAGCCCCUCCGUGGGUGCUGAUGGGAGGAACUCAGGGGGCUGCCGCAUCUUCAUUAAUGUGGCCCCACAGGCCCGAAUUGCCAUCCAUGCCCUGGCCACUGAUGGCACAGGAACCGGUGCCAGCUAUGUCUUGAUCCGGGACAUCCACAGCCUGAAGACGAUGACAUUCCGUGGGCAGCAGGCACUCUACUGGGAGUCGGAGGGAAGCCAGGCUGAGAUGGAGUUUAGCCAGGGCUUCCUGGAGGCGCAUGCCAGCCUGCGAGGCCAGUACUGGACCCUCCAAUCUAGAGUGCAGGAACCUGGCUGGGCUGAGCCCUAGCUUCCUCUCUGAGCACAUACCUCCAGUGACCUGUGGGCACAGGGGGAUGCCUCCUCCAGACCCCAGAAGAGAAAGGAAGGAGCCUGACAUUUAUGAGCACCUCUUAGGUGCCCGGUGAGGCCCGGAGGGUUGAUUCUGGGCUCUGAAUGCUCUCCAAUUUGGAUUCCCUCCAAUCUCUAUCUCCUUUAGGACUUCCUCCAACAUGUCAAAGGCUGGGCGGUGGGAGGCAGGGACUGGACUCGCUGGAAAGGCAGUCUCCAGCCUCUCUACCAAUAAACGGAAUGUGCAGUC